UGGGAUGAAUUCACAAUUUUUGAACAUCAUUGUUGAAACGAUCAUCAAUAAUUUCAUUCAAUUCACUUUUUCAUAAAGAUCCCUCGUUAGAGAUUCUUGUUUCGGUUCUCUGAUUUUUUUUUUUUACAAAAGAAACGAAGACUUCCAUCCAUUUCCCAUUUCCAUUCCAAAUUGCAUUCAUGCAUUGUUGUAAACGCAUUAAGAAACUAAAAUCGGGUUGAAGAUGGGAGGAUUUUGGCGUGUGCCACGGUAUGUUGGAUGGUCACGCUUCACGCACUGACGAUGCCUGUCCCUUCCUCUUUUCGCCCGUGGAAUAUCCGUCCCGGAAGACCAUGUCUCUCUUUCUGAAUCUGGUGAUUCAGUUUCGCGACGACAAUCGACGAUCGACGUACCGAUUGUUCGAUCAAUUGCUGAUCGAACUAGUGAAUAGUAUUUAUCGAAAUUUUUUUCGAAAAAUUUAAAUAAUACUUUUUUACUUAUUUGAAAGAGGAGUUGAAGAUAUCUUCAUCAAAUUUGAUGAAGUUAUACAUGUGUGGUAUACGAUAUAAAAAAUUAUCAAAUCAAAUCAAAAGUUAUAAAAGGAAGUGAAAACUAGAUUUUAUGUAUUAAUCAUUGUGAAAAAGAAAAUUUAUAUUUCUUCUUCAUCAAUCUUGUUUAAAAUAUAAUUUAAAAAAAAGAAUAAAAAAAAUAAAAAGUAGACGCAUUAGUGAAAUGAUAAGAAUAAUAUGCUCAGUGGUGCAUGAAGAAUCGAUUAGUCAACAUCCUGACUUUCUAAUUCCAUUUUAUUUCCCGUGAGGAUGAAAAACGAUUUCGAGAACCAUCCACGACUUUUUCUAUUUAUUUGAUUGAUUUUUGGUUCUAUUUGAAUGAUGGUAAAGAUGAUGAUCGUAAGAAAAUUAAUCGGUAUCUUGAUCGUUUGCUCUCUGAUGCAAGGAAGCUUCAACAAAUAUUUAGAGGGUAUGAACGUGAAUUUAGGGGAUGCUUUGCAGUUUCUUAGAGAAUAUGACAAUGAAGCUUCUGCGAUGUGUACAAGAGUAAUAACUGCGCAAUGGAAUUUUGCGACGAAUGUCACUGAAGAGAAUCGUCGAAGAAUGAUAGAGGAACAAUCUUUGAAAUUGAAAUUUGACCGAAUUUCAUGGAGGAAGGCUGUAAGUUUUGCUUGGAGUCGAAUAGGAGAUCCCUUCGCUCAAAGGGAACUCAAAAUGAUUGCUAUAAAAGGACGAAAUUCUUUGACUGAUGACAAAUUUAAUGAGUUACACAAUCUUAUAUUGGAAAUGAAGGAAAUAUACGCGAGAACACGAGUGUGUCCUUACAGAACUAUAGAAGCAAAUUGCGAUCUAAGUUUGGAUCACGAUGUGAAUAAGGCAAUGGCAAAAUCGAAAAACUAUGAUGAAUUGUUAUAUUAUUGGCAUGCUUGGCACGAAGCCACUGGGCCUCAAUUGAAAAACAAAUACAUAAGAUAUGUUCAGUUAGCGAAUCAAGCCGCUAGAUUAAAUGGAUUUCAGGAUGCUGGUGAUCAAAUGAGAGAAUUCUUCGAAGAAGAAUAUUUCCAACAGAACACAGCGGAUGUAAUGUCCGCGAUUAUGCAUUUGUACAAAAAUCUCUUCACUUAUGUGAGGACAAAAUUAUUCGAAAGAUACGGGGACAAAGUGAGAAAGGAUGGACCACUUCCGGCGCAUAUCUUUGGGAACAUGUGGGCCCAAAAUUGGGAAGAACUUUACGAUCUGGUGCAACCGUUUCCGGCAAGUAAGAAACUUGAUGUCACUUUGGAGAUGAUGAUUCAAAGUUUCACGUCUUUAAGGAUGUUCCAAAUAGCAGAGGAAUUUUUUACUUCACUCGGUAUGAAACCAAUGCCUCCUGAAUUUUGGAGAUUCUCCUUGUUUGAGAAACCUAUCGACAGAGAUGUAAAAUGUUCUCCUAGCGCUUGGGAUUUUUGCAAUAGAAUCGAUUACAGGAUAAAGCAAUGUACGAGAGUCACGAUGGAAGAUUUACUAUCGGCUCAUCACGAAAUCGCUCGAUUACAAUAUUAUUUGCAGUAUCGAGAUCAACCAUUAUUAUUUAGGAACGAGGCAAUUCCAGGAUUUUUCGAGGCAGUCAGCGAUGCAAUCGAACUCUCAGUGUUCACGCCUCAACAUUUAAGUAAACUCGAAUUACAUGACAAUACUACGGAUGAUUAUGGAAGCGAUAUCAACUUCUUAAUGCUAAUGGCGCUUCGUAAAAUUGCCUAUAUGCCAUUUGCUUACAUAGUCGAUGAGUGGAGAUGGUAUGUAUUCAACGAGGGUGUUGCGGAUAUGACGAACAAAUGGUGGGAAUUAAGGUUACAAUACCAAGGAAUUGUUCCACCAGUACCACGAUCGGAAAGAGAUUUCGAUCCUGGUUCAAAAUAUCAUGUACCAGCUGAUGCUCUUUACGCCAAAUAUUUUGUUGGUGUUGUUUUGCAAUUUCAAUUGUUCGAAUCUUUAUGUGAAAUAGCAGGCCACACUGGUGAUCUACACACCUGUGAUUUUUACAGAUCACGAGAAGCUGGAAGAUUAUUAUCCGAUGUAUUAUCGAUGGGUUCAUCUAAACCUUGGAAAGAUGUUAUACGUCAAAUGACAAGGGGAAGAACAAACAGAAUGGAUGCUGGAGCUAUAUUGAGAUAUUUCGAGCCCUUAAAUCAAUGGUUGAAACGACAAAAUGAAAUGGAACCGGUUGUCGGAUGGAUUACAAAUCGCGACGAUACAGCGUUAUUUUUUCACUGGUACCAAAAUAACGCUCGAAAAAUCACCUCGCAAUUAUUUCUUCCAUUGGUUUUAAUUAUUUCGCAAGUUCUAAUGUAUUAACAAAUAAAUAUAGAUUGAAAUAUCAUUGUACAUAUAAAAAAAAUUAUGUAAAUAUCUUAUGAAGUCUUUAAAACAAAAUUUAUGUAAUCAAAGAUAAUUAUAUUUUAUGUAUAUGUACUAGCAAUUGAUGCCAAAAAUCAGCAUAUUUAUAUAUUAUAUUAAAAUGUUCCCAUAAUGUUUUGUAUUGUAAAUUUAUUUAUAAAUAUUCUGAAUCAAUCUUAUUGCUAUUAAAAA